UCACUGCAAUUUCACCACACGCUUCUACUUUCCUUUCCAUUUUCCUUCCUGCAGUGAAUUCUCUGUUUUUAUCGACUACGACGCCGGGCGGCCCUUUCCUUCCCCACCGCUCUUCAUUUUUUAUUUUUACUCUUUCACUACUCCGGCCACAACUAUAACCGAGCCAAACCAAAACGAGGACUGAAUCACUGAAAAAAAGACAAACUCUAAAUUAAUGGCUUCUGCUCUGCAAACACUCUCUUGCUUGCUCUGCACGCGCCAGCUGUCAUCUCCGCCACGUCCUUCAAUUUCAUUCCCUUCUUCUUCCUCGUGCUACUCCCGCACCUCUCAAUCUAACGGAAGCUUCAUGUCCGCUGGUAUCAAGGCGUCGUCUUCUGCGUCGUCGGCCACCACGGACGACGCCCGUGAGUUGAAGGAUGGGAUAGCGGAGUUUUACGACGAGUCGAGUGGGCUUUGGGAAGACAUAUGGGGUGAGCAUAUGCACCACGGGUUUUACGACCCGGAUUUCGAUGUUUCGGGUUCGGAUCAUCGCGCCGCUCAGAUUCGAAUGAUCGAGGAAUCGCUCCGUUUCGCUGGAAUAUCGGAGGACCAGGGAAAGAAGCCAAAAAGAAUAGUUGAUGUUGGGUGUGGGAUAGGAGGCAGUUCUAGAUAUCUAGCCAAGAAGUAUGGAGCACAAUGCCAAGGCAUUACUUUGAGCCCUGUUCAAGCUGAUAGAGCUAAUGCCCUUGCUAGAGCUCAAGGACUAGCAGACAAGGUUUCCUUUGGAGUUGCAGAUGCCUUGAACCAACCAUUCUCCGAUGGGCAGUUUGAUCUAGUUUGGUCUAUGGAAAGCGGAGAACACAUGCCUGAUAAAGCUAAGUUUGUUAAUGAGUUGGUGCGAGUGGCAGCUCCCGGAGGCACAAUUAUAAUAGUGACAUGGUGCCAUAGGGAUCUUGGUCCAUCUGAAGAGUCUUUGCAGCCAUGGGAGAAAAAUCUUCUAAAAAGAAUAUGUGAUGCUUACUAUUUACCGGAGUGGUGCUCUGCUUCUGAUUAUGUGAAAUUAUUUCACUCCCAUUCUUUCCAGGAUAUAAAGACUGACGAUUGGUCUGAACAUGUUGCCCCAUUCUGGCCGGCGGUGAUACGCUCCGCAUUGACAUGGAAGGGCUUCACAUCGCUACUACGCAGCGGAUUAAAAACCAUAAAAGGCGCGUUGGUGAUGCCGUUGAUGAUCGAAGGUUACCAGAAGGGGGUGAUCAAGUUCGCCAUCAUUACUUGCCGGAAACCACCUCAGUAAUUCCUGGAUUCUGAUGGACUCUAAAUCUUGAUAGAUGCUGGAGACUGAAUAAAUAUGCUAUCGAUGGGUUGCAUAGUCACUCAUUAUUAUACUGUUGCGUUAAUUGUUUUUAACUCAUAAUUUCUUGAAUGACUCUGGAUUCGUAUUUAUUUUCAAUCUUUUAACUUUUGUCAA